AUGCUGGGGGAGGACUCGGCGUACGCGCCGGUGAAACUGCCGGCGAGGGGGGCGCUGUUGAUGGCGGCGAGCGGCGGCGGCUCGGCGCGGACGGCGACGGCGACGGUGAAACGAGCGCUCGACGACGUGCGAGGAGGGAAGGACGAGGGGUCGGAAUUUUUAUACAAGAUGUACCCGAUCGACGGCGCGUUCGAGGUCGGGGACGAGGACGGGAUGCGAGCGUGCGUGGAGAGAGUCGUGCGGGAGACGCGCGCGCGGAGCGAAGACGCGAGAUCGAAAUCGAUCGCGUUCGCGGUGGUGUAUAACAAGAGGGUGGAUAGCACCGCUAGCGUUAGCGAGGAAGACACGGACGCGUCCGACGUCGCGCACGGGCGCGCGGUGAUGGUGCCGAAGAUUGCGAAGGCGUGCGAGCGAGCGUUCAAGGACGCCGACGCCGAGUGCGAAGUCUCGGUGAAUUUGAAGGACCCGAACGUCGUCGUCUUCGCGCAGAUAUUCACCGCGCUUCCGUCCGGAGACGAGAAGAAAUCGUACAUCGUCGCCAUCGGCGCCGCCGCGAAGGACGACGGCGUGUUCGAGGCCAAGGCGAAAGGCGUCGCGCCGGCUUCGGUAAGCGCGUUGUCGCCCCGCCGCGACGACGCGCCGAAAUGGAUGCUAAAGAAGAAAGCCCUCGCCCAGGCCGCGACGACCGUCUCCGACGACGAGCAUCGAUAG